CAUAUUUCUUCUCACCCUUUUAGAUGCAAAAGCCAUUAAGCCAACCCCUCCACUGCACCCACAAAACCACAAACACAUCAAGUCAACAUCAAGACCCCUUAACAGAGAUGUUUAAGAGACAUAGAUCCUUUUUAAGGUAUACUCAUUAAUGACCCUUUUGCCUAAAUUAGCAAUCUUGUAGAGAUUUGACUGGUUUGAACACCACAGCAACCUCCAUCAAAUCAAGCUCUCCAUAAAAGACCUAUUAGACUCUUUUUUUUCCCUCCUGUUCUUUAAAGAAUCUAUCUCUCUCUCUCUCUCUCUCUCUCUCUCUCUCUCUCUCUCGCGCUCUCUGUGUGUAUGUAUUGUAUAUGCUUUAGUAUUCUUUAGGGGGUGAUGCUGCAUGCAUUUUUGUGAUGGCUGAUCAAGGAGGUAAUGGUACUAGUAGUGUUAUUAUGAGGGAUUAUAGGAAAGGGAACUGGACAGUGGGGGAGACAAUGAUUCUGAUUGAGGCAAAGAAGAUGGAUGAUGAGAGAAGAAUGAAGAGAAGCGGGGAUGCUGCAGGUAGUGAAACAAGAUCAAGCAAACCAGCUGAGCUCAGAUGGAAAUGGGUAGAAGAUUACUGUUGGAAGAAAGGGUGUUUGAGAAGCCAAAACCAGUGCAAUGACAAAUGGGACAAUCUCAUGAGGGAUUACAAGAAGGUGAGGGAAUAUGAGAGGAGGGAAGGGAGGGAAGAAGCAGCAUCUUAUUGGAAGCUUGAGAAGAGUGAGAGGAAAGAUAGGAACUUGCCUACCAACAUGGUGCCUCAGAUAUAUGAGGCUUUGGUUGAUGUGGUGGAGAAGAGAGAAGCAGGCCAUCAUCAGAUCAGAGUGGUAGGUGGAGCUUCUGUUUCUGGUUCCAAUGUUCCCAAUCCCACCAUUGGAUAUGUUGUGGAGAGGCCUAUUAUAAGCACUAGUGUUCAUCAGUCUUCACUGCCUCCUCCAGUUUUGCAACAUCACAUCUCAGUUCCACCAAUUGCAGCAUUGCCUCUUCUACCCCCAGCUCCAUUAGCAGCUCAACCACCACCUACUCUUCCAUACUCACAACCUAUGCCCACAACGUGUGAAAGCUCAGAUUCUGAGACAAGCCAUGAACAUUCAGACUCACCAGCCAAAAGGAGGAGAAGGGCGAGUGGAGGUGGAGGAGGAGGUGGAGAUCAAGGAACCAGUGGAACUGUGAGUGCAAGCACCUCAAGUGAAGUGGGCACUGCCAUCUCCAGAGGUGCUUCCAUGAUUGCAGAAGCACUUCAGGGUUGUGAGGAGAGAGAAGAGAGAAGGCACAGAGAUCUUUUGAGUUUGCAUGAGAGAAGGCUACAGAUUGAGGAAACUAAAACUGAGAUCAACAGGCAAGGCAUUAAUGGUCUCAUCGAUGCCAUUAACAAGCUAGCAGAUUCUAUCCAUGCCUUGGCUUCCAACAAGAACCAAUCACCUCCAAAGUAAUCUCAUCAUCAUCUUCAUCAUCAUCUUAAUUAAUAGUACAAAUAAUUUCCAUUUAUUUAUAAGAUAAGAUAGAGAGAAAGAUGGCAUUUCAUUGAUCCCAUUUGGUUGGUUGUAAAUAAUUUAUAAACCCCAUUAAUUUGUUCUAUUUUCCUUCUGAUCA